ACUGCUCACGCAAAUGCACCUAUCAGAAGAGAAUCUUGUGAGUGUACUUAGCACAGCGAACGAAUCGGAGCGCAGUGCGGUUCAAAAUGAAGCGGAGGCCCAGUUGAAACAGUGGGAGGUUCAGCUGGGGUUUUACUAUUCCUUGCAGUCGGUUUACUUAAAUACUGACUUAGCACUCCAAGUUCGAUGGCUUGCAAUAAUCUGCUUCAAAAACGGCAUUGACAAGCACUGGCGUCCCACCCGUCUUCACGCCAUCGCUAAAGACGAGAAGCAAAGAAUCAAAGCCCGGUUGUUUCUUUUGAUGAACGAGAAAAACAAUCAGUUAUCAGUUCAGAAUGCUCACUCCAUUGCCAGAAUAGUACGAUUCGAAUUUCCAGCUGAUUGGCCUGACUUAUUCGAUGAGAUCCAUAAGAGUUUGGAAGAGUUUGUGUUUGUCAAGAAUGACUUGACUUCCACUAAUAACCUAUUAAUUGUGUUAAACCAUAUCAUCAAAACUUUGUCAGCCGUGAGAAUAGGAAGAUCGAGACAUGCAAUGCAAAGUAAGUCUCCUAUAAUAAUCCCAUUGCUAGUGAAAUUAUAUAACAAGUUCUUUCAGAGCUGGACUACGUCAUUGGAUCUAGGGAUCAUGGAGAUCUGUUAUUUGGUGUUGAAAAAUUUGAGGAGAUUGAUUCCUGAGAGCUAUGAAGAGAUUCAUAAGCACCACGAAGUGUCUGAUUUUCUUAAAGUCAGCGUCGGUCAUUUAGAGAUGUUAAUCUCCCAACACGAUAGAUAUUCUUCAGACUUAAUUGAAAGGUACGCCAAGUGCUACAGUAAGUUGUACUUCAAUAUCAUCAAUAUCAAUCCUACUACUUUUAUUCUCAUGCCAUGCUCCAACGAUAUUGUUACUUUCUUUUUCAACUACUUGAAUUCAGAUGCUGAAAAAAUUUACAAAGGAACUGAGGAUGACAACUUCUGGGAAACUAUUGCAUUGAAGGGGUUUUUGAUCCUAAAGAAACUCAUCACCUACAUUUUCAAAAAAGGUGCAAUCACCCUCAAACAACCUAAGGAUAAACAGGACAUUGUCAAUGCGGUGGAAAAGUUGAAGACUCAAUUCUUUAAUGUACAAGUAGUACAGCAAUUAUGUGAUCUCAUUAUCAACUGGUACUUAUUGUUGAAACCUUCUGACUUGGAGAGCUGGUUGUUGGAGCCUGAAGAAUGGUGCAAUGAAGAGUUUUCUUCAAGUUGGGAAUACCAAAUCAGGCCAUGUGCUGAGAACUUCUUUCAAGAUUUGAUCAAGUAUUUCAAAGAUGACCUAUCAGAAUAUCUUUUCAAUAAGAUUUCCUCCAAUCUCUUGGGUGCAAAUAAAAAUAUCUUGGUUCAAGACUCCAUCUUGUGUUGUUUUCAAUUAUCUGCAGACUCAAUUGCCGAUAAAGUGGACUUCAACCAAUUGUUGAGGGAGGUUUUCAUUCCCUUGGCUUUAAGAAAUGAAGACGUAGAAGAUAAGAUAAUCAAAAGAAGAAUAUGCUUGAUUAUUAGUGAAUGGGUGAAAAUUAACUGCUCCAAAGAGAGCAGAGUUGAAAUAUACCAAUUAUUGCUUACAUUUAUUUCGGCAAACGACAAGAUUCAUGAUCAGGUGGUCAAAUUGGGCGCUACUCAAUGUCUUCGUACGAUUGUGGAUGAUUGGGAUUUCGAUAAAAGAGACUUUAGUCCCUUUCUUACUGCAUAUGUUGACAACUUGAUUCAGGUAUUGCAACAGAUGAACUUCACUGAAUCUAAAUUGUAUAUCUUGCAAACAUUAGGUGUUUUGGUGGAAAGGUGUAACCCAUUGAUCAGUUAUGAGACAUUAAUGGCUUUGUUGAAUAUUAUUCCCAAGUAUUGGGAGAUAUCCAAUCUGGCAAACGAAAAUAUUCUUAAGAAUUCGUUGAUCAGAAUCUUAAAAAGUUUGGUUAUAGCUUUGAAUGAAAACUCCUUAGCAACACACUCUAUUGCACUUCCUAUGAUUAGAAGCUGUUGCAUGGAGAACUCAGACAAUUAUCAGCUAUUAUCUGAAGAUGCUUAUGAUUUGUGGCAUUCUGUCUUACAGUUUUUUCCCAACUCAUCAUCGUCUGAGAGUAAGUCCACUGUUGAUGAGCUUUUCGAAAUGGUGAACUUUGGUUUAAUGAACUCAACUGAGGUUCUUCAACUGAUUCUAUCGAUAGUCCGGAGCUAUACUUUGUUGUCGCCAGAAAUUUUCACCAACAGAUCUGUGACAGAUCUCUUGAGAAUAUUAUCUGGAUACUUGAAUACCAUGAGAGACGAUUCUUUUGAUGAGUUUAUUGCCCUAAUGGAUAUUUUAUUUCUCCAAAACUCAAAAAAUGAAGCAUUUUUGAAGGCCAUGAUUGAUAGCGGGUUGGUGAACUCGAUGAUUUCUAUUGUGCUUGAUGAAAACCAAUCCAUCGUCAAGGCAAAUGAAAUCUUGUUGGUUUUGUCGAGGUUGGCUUACAGUUCAAGUGAUUUCUUUUUGGAAAUGUUGGGAUAUCUCUCCAACAAUUUAUCGAACUUCCUCACCACUUGGAUAAAGUACUACAUCAACAAUGGUAGCGCAAGAAACAAGAAGAUCAACUUAUUAGCGUUUUUAGCAUUGUUGAACACCUCUAUUCCAAAGAAAAAUGAAUUUUUCAUCAGAUUGUUUCCUGAUGUGGUGAAUAAUGUUUUGUUGUUCUUAGAAGAAAUCCAAGAGACCUCCUUGGAGAAGGUUUACAAUCUGAGCUUGAUAUAUGACGAACACCGUUACUUGGAUCCUGAUAUUAAAGAGAACGGAGAGAAGAUCAGAUACAUAUCACUCUUGCAAAGAGCCGACCCUGUGUUCAAUGUGAACUUGAAAGCAUAUUUGGUCGAGUCAAUUAAUCUUUUGAAACUGUCGUUGCUGCCACAGGAGUUCAACGAGCUACUUUCUUUGCUUGAUGAGUACUCUGUUGAACAGUUGCAAAAGUUCGCAGCCUAAUCACCUGCUUUUUGUGUAGAAAUACAAACUAAUCGCACCAUC